GUGGCAGAAACCACAAUCAUUUUGAGCGGUGAACACUGAACUAACUCCAGCCUCCUGUUUAGCGCUGAUAAACUCAACACCUAGUUGUUCUCUCAAAAACUUGCCAUCACUGCUGUUCUUCUCUUUUCUUCUUGGAUUUUUCUGAAAAGUUUUGAGCAAAUUUACGAUGGAGAAUUAAAAUGGUGAGGAAGAAAAAACUGCUGAUGUUUGAAGUUUGCGGAAGCAUGAUGUGGGAUGGAUAAUCAACAACGAAACUCUACUAUGGCCUCUAAUGACCCUGACCCCCCUAACACCUCUGGUGACCCCCAGCCUGGUGACCUCAUUGAGAUUUUCAGACCAGCCUAUCAGCACUGGGCUCUCUACCUGGGAGAUGGUUACAUCGUCAACCUAACUCCUGUUGAUGAGAGCCAAGCAGCCGCCAUGUCCAGCGUGAAGUCCGUUUUCAGCAGGAAGGCUGUGGUGCGAAUGCAGCUUCUGAAGGAAGUGGUGGGAAAUGACUCGUACCGUAUCAACAACAAGUAUGAUGACAAUCACACACCGCUGCCUGUCUGUGAGAUCAUCCAGCGAGCUCAAGUCCUCAUUGACCAGGAAGUGUCCUAUGAUUUGCUGGGGAGCAACUGCGAACACUUUGUUACACUUCUACGCUAUGGAGAGGGGGUGUCUGAGCAGGCUUCACGGGCCAUUGGAGCCAUCAGUUUGGUGUCGGCAGCCGCCGGUGCCUUCUCUGUCUUGGGACUGAUCAACACGCGGUCUAGAAACAGGCCUUUCUGAAAUCUGGGAUAUUCAACGAAGGCUGUUGUCUCUCAACAUUCCCAUGAAUGUCAUGACCAUUCAUGCAAAAAUACAAUAAAAACUACUUCACAUACAAAAGAUUGUGUUACUUUAUGAAUUAUAUUUGUAUAAUUUUCAUACUGACUUCAUUUAAUAAGACCCCAUGAACAUCCC